AUGUGGACGAAAAGUGUAUGUUUAGAACUACACUGCAUAGAAAUAGUUGAAACAUUACCAUGCCAGUACAAAAUUUCAAUGAUCAGGGAUGACAGAAUUAUUGAAACUUUUACGGAUGACGCACAUUCUACGAACGCGACAGUGAGAGAACCGAUUUUUAACAUUAUCCCAGAACAAUUCAAAAGAUUCAUUUCGUCUACAGGUACUGUUAUUAUUCGCUGCGAAUUAACACUUGCAAUAGGAGUUCGAAAGGACUUUCUAAGCGAUGAAUCUAUUGAUACGUAUGCAGUGUCGGUACCAAAAUAUCAUUUUGACGGGAUAUAUCUUGACAAGAAUUUGAGUGAUGUCAAGCUACGAUCUUCAUGUGGUAAAGAAAUCCCAGCGCAUAGAAUCGUGCUCGCCGCUGCAAGUCCAGUAUUCAAGGCCAUGUUUAAUCAUGAUAUGCUGGAAAAUAAAACUCAAUCAGUCGAUAUGAAUGAUAUUAGUUAUGAUACUGCCGUUGAAAUGCUGCGAUACAUCUACACAGGUGCUGUAAAAAAUCAUGAAAUUCCCUUCAUCAUUGAUCUCUCCGCAGCCGCUGACAAGUAUCAACUUGAAAGUCUGAAAAAUAAGUGCGAACAAAUAUUAGGUUCUAAAUUAUCUGCCGAAAAUGCUAUAGUUAUUUUAAAAGUUGCUGAUAAAUAUAGCAUGAAAAAUUUAAAACAAAAGGCAGUUGAUUUUGUAAAGAGUAAUAUUAUCGAUUCUGCGAAUCCUGAUAAAGCAGGUACUAUGAUUCUCAGUAUGGCUGAAUUUCUUUCUAAGUAA